GCCGCCGCCAUGGCCGGUAAGCCCCGCAGCGGCUGCGAGGCGCUCCGGGUGGUGGCCCGGUGCCGGCCCAUGAGCCGGCGGGAGGAGGCGGCGGGAUACGAGCGCGUCCUGGAGCUGGACGUGAAGCUGGGCCAGGUGAGCAUCCGCAACCCCCGCGCCGCCCCCGGGGAGCUGCCCAAGACCUUCACCUUCGACGCCGUGUACGACGCCAGCUCCAAGCAGGCCGACCUGUACGAUGAGACGGUGCGGCCGCUCAUCGACUCGGUGCUGCAGGGCUUCAACGGCACGGUCUUCGCCUACGGGCAGACCGGCACCGGCAAGACCUACACCAUGCAGGGCGCCUGGGCGGAGCCGGAGAAGCGCGGCAUCAUCCCCAGCGCCUUCGAACACAUCUUCACCCACAUCUCCCGCUCGCAGAACCAGCAGUACCUGGUGAGGGCCUCGUACCUGGAGAUCUACCAGGAGGAGAUCAGGGACCUCCUCGCCAAGGACCAGAGCAAGAAGCUGGAGCUGAAGGAGAACCCCGAGACCGGGGUGUACAUCAAGGACCUCUCGUCCUUCGUGACCAAGAACGUGAAGGAGAUCGAGCACGUGAUGAACCUGGGCAGCCAGACGCGCUCGGUGGGCAGCACCAACAUGAACGAGCACAGCUCGCGCUCCCACGCCAUCUUCCUGAUCACCAUCGAGUGCAGCGAGACGGGGCCGGACGGCGAGGAGCACAUCCGCGUGGGCAAGCUCAACCUGGUGGACCUGGCGGGCAGCGAGCGCCAGAACAAAAUGGGGGCUCACGGAGAGCGCCCCAAGGAAGCCUCCAAGAUCAACCUGUCCCUCUCGGCCCUGGGCAACGUCAUCUCGGCGCUGGUGGACGGCCGCAGCACGCACAUCCCCUACCGGGACUCCAAGCUCACCCGCCUGCUGCAGGACUCCCUCGGCGGCAACGCCAAGACGAUCAUGGUGGCCACCUUGGGCCCGGCCUCGCACAGCUACGAGGAGAGCCUCUCCACCCUCAGGUUCGCCAACAGGGCCAAGAACAUCAAGAACAAGCCCCGGGUGAACGAGGACCCCAAGGACACCUUGCUGCGGGAGUUCCAGGAGGAGAUCGUCCGGCUGAAAGCGCAGCUGGAGAAACGCGGCAUGCUGGGGAAGAAGAGGAGAAGGAGCAGCCGGAGGAAGAAAGCGAUGGAUGGAGAGGGCACUGUGGACAAUGAAGGGGAGGAUGAGAAUGAGGAUGGCCUGGAGAAGAACAUGGAGAAUUACUUGAAGGAGCAGAAGGAGAGGCUGGAAGAGGAGAAAGCCGCUAUCCAGGAUGACCACAGCCUGGUGAGCGAGGAGAAGCAGAAGCUGCUCCGGGAGAAGGAGAAGAUGAUCGAGGACCUGCGGAAGGAGCAGGAGGCCACGGAGCUGCUGGCCAUCAAGUACAAGGCCAUGGAGAGCAAGCUGCUCAUCGGGGGCAGGACCAUCGUGGACCACACCAACGAGCAGCAGAAGAUGCUGGAGCUGAGGCGGCAGGAGAUCGCCGAGCAGAAACGCCGGGAGCGGGAGAUGCAGCAGGAGAUGCUGCUGAGGGACGAGGAGACCAUGGAGCUGAGGGAGACCUACACGUCCCUGCAGCAGGAGGUGGAGAUCAAAACCAAGAAGCUGAAGAAGCUCUAUGCCAAGCUGCAGGCUGUGAAGGCUGAGAUCCAGGACCAGCACGACGAGUACAUCCGCGUGCGCCAGGACCUGGAGGAGGCGCAGAACGAGCAGACGCGGGAGCUGAAACUCAAGUACUUGAUCAUCGAGAACUUCAUCCCUCCCGAGGAGAAGAACAAGAUCAUGAACCGCCUGUACUUCGACAGCGACGAGGACCAGUGGAAAUUCCAGCCACUGGUUCCCACUGGAGGGAACAGCUCCCAGAUGAAGAGGCGUCCGACCUCGGCCGUGGGCUACAAGAGGCCCAUCAGCCAAUACGCCCGGGUGGCCAUGGCCAGGAGAUCCCACCCCCGCUUCCGGGCUGAGAACAUCAUGUUCCUGGAGCUGGACCUGUCCCCCCCGGCCAUCUUUGAGUUUGAGCGCAGCAGGGACGCGGCGGAGCAGGACCCGCGGGCGCUGCACCUGGAGAGGCUGAUGCACCUGGACAGCCUGCUGGAGCGGCCGGCGGCCUCCCGCGUGCGCAAAUCCCGCUCCUGGUGCCAGACGCCGUGGUCGCUGCCAUCCUCCACCACCCACGUGUCCCUGGCCUCCAGCUCCCCGUGUGCCGCCCCACUGCCGGCCCAGGAGUGACAGCCUGGACACCUCGGCUGGACUGAGCCCCCGAGGGCCGAGGGGGGCCCGGCCCGGCGGCCCCAGCUCAUCCUCAGCUACUUUGUGUGUGUUUGUGCGAGACACGAAGGGCCCCGGGCCAGGGCGGCUGCCCCUCCCUCCCUCCUGCCCCUCCUCCACCCCCCUGAUCCGGAUCUGUCACUUUAUUUAUUUAACCUAUUUAUUUAUGGAGAGGGCGACUCGGGGAGGCAGGAUUUGAGCUCGGACUGAUGGACAUCCAGGCUGGCAGUGGGCACCGUGCUGAGCACCCCAGGUUUGAACAGCUCCCAGCGCUCCCUGCACUGCCUGGCACAGGGCUGGGCACGGGGACACCCCCCUGGCACAGGGCUGGGCACAGGGACAGCACCAGGACACUGCUCCAUCCAGGCACGAGGGGCUUUGGCAGAAGCUGAGGCUGCCCUGGCCCCUGGUGCUGGCUUUGCUUUGCUGGAUCCCAGGGAAUUUGGAGAUUUCUGCGUGGAUUGGGACACUCUGUGGUGGCAGCGCUUGUCAGAGUCCCCCAGCCUGCAUCAGCACUGGUGGCAGCAGGGACAUCUCACCGACCGUGGGCACGGCUGUCACUCCAGGAGCACCAGCUCCAUCCACAGGGCUUGCAGAGUCACCAGACCGAGUCACCCAAGCCCAGGCUUUGUCCCCUGUGCCACGCUCUGGGGACAGCCCUGACACCUGGCUCGCUCCCUGGCUGUGCUGAAACAGCAGGAGGUGAAAUGUCCCUUCAGCAGCCCUGCAGAGCCUGGGAGCAGCACUGCCUGUGGAGCUCCGGGCUCAGAGAGGCUCCUUCCUGCAGCUACGGGCAACAGAGAAAUGUGGGACAAGGAGGGGACACCGGGGCUGUGAUGGCAUCGCUGUCCCUGGACAAUGGCACACGGAGGUCACCUCUGUCACCUCCUGGUUGGGACAAACUUCCUGGUGGGGUGGGGAGGACUGGGUGUGAAUUGGUGAUGGGUAAGAGGGGGACUCUGGGGGUUCAAUCCUGCCCCAGCAGCUGCGGGCACAGGGACAGCGCUCGGUGUUCCUGCGGGAUGGAUCUCGGAUGGGGGAGCUGCUGAAGAGCCGUCCUGGCAGUGCCAGCCCAGCAGCCCUGGUGUCCCUGGGAUGGGGGAGCUGGGGACAGCCCUGUGUCUGGGGACAUCCUGGUGGGUGAGGGAGAGAUCCCUGGCUGUCCUGGGAGGAGACGGGUGAGGAAAGGGCCGGGCAGGGAGGGCAGCUCCCAGCAGGGCAGGUCGGAGAGGAUUGCAGGUAGGGAAAGUGGCACAAAGAGAAUUCCUUGGAGGGAGCCUGGAGCUCACACACUCCCUGCAGCUCACACAGCCCCUGGAGCUCACACAGCCCCUGGAGCUCACACACUCCUGCAGCUCACACACUCCUG